AUGUCAUCCAGUCAAAUUCUGCCCACCUACAAACAACUCAUUAGAUCUUUGGUGAAGUCUAGCAAACGUUCCAGAAUCACUCAAAUAAAAGAGAACAACAAAAAGCAGAUCGCACUCUUAACUUACAAGAAGAUCGGACUCGUGAGACAGCAAGCCUCCAAUGGUGCCACCACCAAAAAACCCGAUAUCAUUCGCGAGCUUCACGAAUUGACUAAAAAAAUUGAAGAGCUCAAAUCCAGUGACCCAAAUAGUCUCAAAACUUUGCAUUUUUACGACAAUUCCAGCCGUCUCAGGCAAAUCAUUUUCCAAGAUCUUUCCACAAAUGAGACGGCCCUUGCCAAGAGACUACAGCACUUACGUGACCUUUCAGGCUUCGUUAAGAAUCAAUUAGAAUAUGAACAACUUGUUGAAAGAUACAAUCCUGGGUUGAAAAUGGACCAAGAAGAAAAAGUCAAGAGAACAGCAGCGAAAGUAGGCUUGCAAGUUCCUGAGCUGUAA